AUGUAUGAUGAUCCAGUCCAUGGACCACAGAACGUGGAAGUUGUUGACAUUCGUUCCCGGCAGCUGACCUUGCAAUGGGAGCCAUUUGGUUAUGCAGUGACCCGUUGCCACAGCUACAACCUAACAGUCCAGUACCAGUAUGUCUUUAACCAGCAGAAGUAUGAGGCAGAGGAAGUCAUCCAGACAUCAUCACACUAUACCUUACGAGGCCUGCGGCCCUUCAUGACCAUCCAGUUGAGGCUAGCACUUUCUAAUCCAGAGGGCAAAAUGGAGAGUGAGGAGCUGGUGGUACAGACUGAAGAGGAUGUUCCUGGACCUGUUCCCUUAGAAUCUAUCCAAGGAGGACCCUUUGAAGAAAAGAUCUAUGUUCAGUGGAAGCCUCCAAAUGAGACUAAUGGUAUCAUUACGCUCUAUGAGGUAAGGAGAACAGAUUGCCGUGAAGGAGUAUGUAGCCGAGACUCUCUUCCACGUGUGUGCAAAUGUAUUCUAGACUCAUAGACUUUAAGGUCAGAAGCAACCAUU